GUGUCAUAGGCAGCAUCAGCAGAAGGCAUUUGGCGAGGCAGCUGUCGGACUGCGGGUGUAUAGGCCUACUAUCCUGGAUGUAUCUGUAGAGAAUUUUUUUUAUUUUUUACCGCACUGUUUUCUCCGUCUGGUCGGUUACAUUUUCCCCCUAGAUUGGAUUGCUCUACAGAUUUGAUGGUGCUGAUCACGCUUAUCUGACUUGCCAAUAGGUUGUGGCCAGGCGCAUCUGCCCGUAGGAUAGGGGGGAGGAAGAGAGAAUCUGUCCGUGAUUGCGUCCGUCUGUUUCCCUACGCGGCCGUGAAUGGACUGCACUCCUUUAGUAUUUCUCCGCAGUCACAUUGAGUCGUUUCUGGAAGAAGAUGGCGGACAGGGCUGAGAUGUUCUCCCUUUCCACGUUCCAUUCACUCUCUCCUCCCGGUUGCAGGCCAUCCCAUGAUAUCAGUCUGGAGGAGUUUGACGAUGAAGAUCUCUCUGAAAUCACAGAUGACUGUGGUAUUGGACUCAACUAUGACUCAGACCCUUAUGAGAAGGACUGUCUGAUCCUGGAGAAGAGUGAGAUGCACCACCAGAUGUGCUCCUUCCAGGACGACUUCCAGGAGUUUGAGAUGAUUGACGAUGAGGAUGAGGACGAGGAGGAGGACGAGGACGACGAGGAGGUCGACCCUGAGGGUCCUCCCUCCCCGUUGACCUCCCCCUCACUCUCCCCUACCCUGGGAACACUGAAGAGCCGGCCUACCACUCUCAACCUCACCACCGCUGUCUCACAGGAUUCCCUGAACAACAACAGCAGUUUGUCCCCAAAGAAGGGAAGCUGGCAAGACUCUCUGCGCAACCCAGCUUCACAGGGCCGUCUGUCUCCGACUCACUCAUGUCUUGAGGACGGCAGCCAUGUGACGGGCCAAUGCCCAGUCGCACUAGCCUCCCAGGUUCCAGGGUCCCAGAGCAAAGGUACUCCCCCCAAACAGGCAGGGGAGGGCGGGCACCCCCAGUCCCCUCGCAGGCCCCUUCUCUGCGACAUGGAGGGCAACAGACGAGAGAGGCCUGAAUACGGUUCUUUUGGCCAGCAUAAGUCUCAACCCUGCUCUGGAGAAUUCCCUGAGCAGGCCCUUCUCCAGACCUCCAGAGUGCCCUCCGUGGACGAACAUUCCCAGUGUUCCGAUACAGAGGUCGACCACGAUCUCAACAGCGACCACAACCACAAACACUCAUGCCAGUCCUCCCGACGCGCCAACGACACAUACACAGUCACCAGCGAGUCUGGCCUGGACCGAGAGCUGGAGAAUGACCCAGACCCCGACGGGACCAGCCGGUGCCUGUCCUCCACGGCUCCCAUUGGGGGGAACGAUGGCUCCGACACGCCCCUGUCUGAGGGGGAGCUGGAGAAGGACAUUGAGGUGGAGUUUAUGUGCAAGGAGACAUACGACAUGGUGUGCAAAGAGAACCAAUAUGUGGAAUUCCCUUCCAUUGAGCCGUCCGAGUCCGCCUCGUUUCAAAGUUACUCCAACCGUUCAAAUGCUGUCGACCAAUCGGAUGGCUCCAACCGCCAUGGCCCAGCCAAUGAAGUGGCGGCCAACGACUCCACCUCUCCAUCGUCAGACCCGGGUAUAGCAGAUAUGAACGCCAAGCGUUGCUACACCAUGUCAGACCCGGACCAGGACCUGAGCUCUCCAGGAUCUGACUCGGAUAUCGAGGGGGAGCUGGAGGCCGCGUUCGCCUGCGGCGGUCCUCUGGUCUCCAACAUGAUCUCGUCCAUCUCGGAGACGGAGCUGGACCUGACCAGCGACGACAGCAGCAGCGGGCGCUCCUCCCACCUCACCAACUCCAUCGAGGAAGCCAGCUCGCCCACCUCCGACCAGGAACUGGACCCCGACACGGAGCUGGAGCAAGACAGCGGCAUCGUGGGAUUGAAGGCUUCCCUGCUCCUAGGUCAGCGCGACCCUAUCAAAGAUGGGUCUCCCCUCCCCUCCCCGUCCCCCCUCCCAUCGCCCAUCAUGGCCACUCCCUCCACUGCCGACUCCCCCAUCCCCCCUCCGGAGAUGUACGACGACGGGCUGGCUCUGAUGGGCCUCCACAGCGUGGACGAUGACCUCCCCUACGAGCACCUGGCUGACCCGGAUGAGACCCUUCCCCCGGCCCAGCACUGCGAGGACAGCCACUCCAGACAGAUGGUCCUGCAGAUCGAGCCUGACCACAGCCUGGAGAGCUUCAAGCGCUCCUUCUACCUGCCCGUGGGGCCGCGGCUCAUGCCCACAGCUGACGAGUACGACGGGAACAGCGAGGGAGAGUCUGAGUCAGAGAGCGAGGACGAGCUGAGCGAGAACUCUGACUCGCCGUGGCUGCUGAGCAAUCUGGUCAACAAGAUGAUCUCCGAAGGCUCUUAUCCAAUCAGCUGCCCUGAGGAGUGCUUCAAGAGGUCUGUGUCCAUCACCGACACCAUCUCUCCAUCCUCAGACAUCGAGACGGACGCCUUCGCUGAAGCGCCUCCAGAGCGAGAGCUGGGGCGGCCAACCCAGAUGGAGGGAUCCGAGGAGAAGGGGAAGCAGGGGAAAGGCCGACGAUGGGAAGGAGAGGAAAGGGAGGAGGGGGAGAAGAGUGCCAAGCCUCCUAAAAGGCAGUCCGUGAGGAGCGACGAGAAGCUCAGCCCCACCAUGCACGUGGGCAGCGCCACAUUCCACACCCUCAGCCCUGUCAUUGUGGAGCGCUACAUCCACACAGCCCACCACCCUGAGAAGGGCCUCAGCGCUCAGGCCGCCAAAAACAGCCAGAGACGGGAGGAGAAGGAGGCCGGGGAGCCCGAUAACGACCUGAUGAUGCUGGAGGGGAGGAAGGAUCUGGAGUCUCCCAGCCUGACCGAAAGUGUGGCCAGCGACAAGGACGAGGGCCGGGAGACCGAGACCAAGCCCUCCGGCCGUUCCACGGCCUCUCUGGAGCGCAUCACCGAGGUCAAACACAGUCUGACCCUGGAUAUCCCCACCGCCCAAACCAACCGCUGUUUCAGUCUCACCUACUCCACGGACAACGAGGAGGAGGAGGAGGAGGGGGCGCAGGAGGAGAACGACUCGCCCUUCUCGGGAAGCUUGAGGAAGAAAUCGUCCUACGGAGGAAGCGACCUCUAUCUGGACAGCUCCCCGCCCAUUGACGAGAGCGUGCGGGACCACCCCCUGCAGGUAGGGAGGCUGCAGCAGGACGACGACGGCCUGGCCUACGACUCGAUGAAGUACACCCUGGUGGUGGAUGAGAACACCACACUGGAGCUGGUCAGCCUCAGGAGGUGCACCUCUGUGUUGAGUGACGACAGUGAGCUCUCCACACUGUGCGACGACGACCCCCUAGGCACGGGACAUGUGGGCGACGGGCAGUGUGACGUGGGCGUGCGGCCGGAACUCAGCUCCUCAGAGGACUCCUCCCCCGAGGCAGACAUCCCCUUCUCCAAGAAGUUCCUCAACGUGUUUGUCAACAGCACCUCGCGCUCCUCCAGUACAGAGUCUUUUGGGCUGUUCUCCUGUACGAUCAGCGGAGAGGAGAGGGACCAGACACACAGGGCUGUGUACAGGUUCAUCCCCAGACAUGCAGAUGAGCUGGAGCUGGAUGUGGACGACCCUCUCUACGUAGAGGAGGAGGAGGAUGACUACUGGUACAGAGGUUAUAACAUGCGCACAGGAGAGAGGGGCAUAUUCCCGGCCUUCUACGCUCAUGAGGUCAUAGGGCAAUCCAAGGAAAUUGUCGGAUUGAAGAGGAACCCUGCGUGGAUGGAGAGCUUCAGCGUCCAGUUCCUGGGUUCUGUGGAGGUACCCUAUCACCAAGGUAACGGCAUCCUCUGUGCCGCCAUGCAAAAGAUUGCAGUAUCCCGGAAGCGGACGGUGCAUGUGCGGCCCCCCUCCCUGUGUGAGCUGGAGAUCAGCCUGCAAGGGGUCAAGCUGGUCAUGAGCCUGGAGGAUGAAUACGACACCAUGGAUGAGUUCGACAGGUGCAGUCACUUCUUCCAGAUGAAGAACAUCUCCUUCUGCGGGUGCCAUCCCAAGAACAACUGCUACUUUGGUUUCAUCACUAAGCACCCCACGCUGAACAGGUUCGCCUGCCACGUGUUCGUCUCCCAGGAGUCCAUGAGGCGCGUGGCCGAGUGUGUCGGACGGGCCUUCCAGGAGUAUUACCAGGAGCACCUGGAGUACGCCUGCCCGACCGAAGACAUCUACCUGGAGUAGGCAGGAAAGAGGAUGUGUUGCCUUGACAACCCCCCUCUUUCGAUCGCCAGUGUAUGUUCAUCAACUUCACCACCAGAGGGAGGUGGUGGAUCUUUUUCUGUCCAUUGUAAAAUACCCCUGUGUAACUCUAAAACUGGGAUUGUCAUUUCAGUUCUACAGUAUGCUACAUAUUUUACUUUGUCUGUCCAAUUGUUUAUUUCCCAUCUUCUUGAUGGAUUUGUUGCCUGUUUCUUUGACUUUUCUAUGAUACAGUUGCAGAACUAAGAGGCUGGGCACCUGUUAAUUUAAAAAGUCAUCCUCUUAGGUCUCAAAAGGAUAUUCCUACUACUGCGGUUUCACAUGUUUUAAUGCAUGGCUGGUAGGGUAAUGCACACAAACACACACACACAUGCACACACAUUUGAAAAGACACAGCAGGGUGCAAAAUAGCUGUGAUGUAGGUGAAUUGUUUGGGCUGAGAUUUGGUGUAAUAUCGGCAAACGGCUGAUUAGAUUUUCUAUUGAUAAUGAAUUUGGAGAAAGGUAGAGAGAUUCCAGUGAACUGUCCUUGGUCUGAGCUUACUCCUGUGUUGCGUACAAGAUGUAGUGUGUACUGUAAAUAUAUGUAUAGACAGUAGAAACAUACAUACAGACGCCUCAUAUCCACUUUAUGUUCGUUUCAAACACAAUCAAUAACCUAAUAAGAGAGAAAAGAGAAGGAGCUAGUGGAGAGAGGUGUUUCUGUUUCCCCAGGGUUAGGGGUUCCCCCAGGGUUAGGGGAUUUCCCCAUAUUAGGGGACUGAGGAUGAGGACCUAUAAACUGGGUCGCCUGUACUCUCCGAGUUGUGACAUAACAUCAAACUCAUAGCUAUAAGUAAACACUGUAAACUACUCUGUAAUGGUCAGUCAAAUUUCAGGUCAAAGUGAGCUGAGGGCCACUUCACACAAAGCCAUGAUAUCACAGUCUUGACUGUUCAACACUGCUCACUCACAACACGUUCCUCAGUUUCCAUCAGGUUUUUUUGGUUGCUGAGUUUGAUGAGAAAUGGAAUGAGAUUGAUCUGCCUUAAACAAGUGGUUCUCAAUAAUGACAUUGUUUUGUCAGAUCUGGAUAUAAUGGUGGUUCUUCAAGUGACACUAAACACAAAAUAUGUUGGUAAGUUUGUAAGUUGGUAAGGUUCAUAAAAGGCCACUGGACCCUGAGGAACGAUUUAUUGGUACGUGCAAGGCUCGUUUCAGCCAGCAGGUUUAAUUAGGUAGCUUUAUGUACUCGUUGCAAAAUCCUGGAGAAAUGGCUACGUUUUCACAUAAACUCUCCCUGUCUUCAGGCAGGCAGGGAGUAUGUUUACUUCAUCAGUAUGUGGGUUGCUUACUUCAUUUAGUAGUCUAUUCAAGGCUUGUUUUAGCAUACUGUAGCUGGCAGUACCACAAGGACCAAGGGGGUAGAGUCAAGAGGGGGGUUGGGGGUGAAUCAUAAAUUUCAUACAGUCCACUCGUGCCUGAAACGAAAGGCUUCAGAUUACUGUCCCUAGUAGCAGGUGAAGUAGAGGGGAUGCAUUAGGUCCCAAUACUAUACUUUCUUCCGCUGUCUGUAUUCAUGAUCAGAAUCUCAGAGGAAGAAGAACAGAGCAUCGUAGAGCCACAACAGAUCUUUCCAUGGUGACAAGAUCCUUAGUGACCGUUUUAUAGGUAGGAGGCUGUGAAGAUGUAAUCUUAAUGUGUAUCGCUGUCAGUUAGAUUAUGUAAAUACGAUAGCAAAUCCAAAAGAUAGUGCUGUGUCCUUUAUGUUGAGUAUGUUAUUUAAACUAAAUAUGUAAAUGAAUACAAUUUCAAAAGAUCACAACCAAAUGAAAACGCUGAUGGAAAAGAAAAUGGACAUGGACGUCGAUGGACUUUGUGUUCUUUGUUGAAUUUCCACACACAUUGUUAUUCCAACAUUAAUCACACUAGGUGACAUUUUCAGCUCUCACCAACUCGGCAACACUACACAAACAAGCUUUUGCUGACAACUUGUAGGGGUAUUUCUGAAAAGUGACAUCAUUAUUGAGGGACAUGCAUUAUGUUCUAUGUUCCCUUUGGCAGUGUCAUCCCACUUGAGCAAUGACCAAUCCCUGUUAGAGCUGAGUAGUGACUGGACUAUUAAAACAGAGCUUUCACAGUUGGCUUUCAUAAAGAAACAUAUUGCAUCUUGAUAAUAUAGGCUAGGCCAUCCUUCUGAGCUCUAGAAACAAGCCCCAUCUCUGACCUAUACUAUCAGACCUAUACAUUGAAGUGUUUCUGGUUUUCUCUUGUGACAGCCUAGUUGAAACCCUCCCUUCCUAUAGCUCCACAACACAAUUCCUUAGGAUGACCUAGUUCUGUAUAGUCAUACAAUAUCAGUUCAACAAAACUUUGGACUUUAUUACAUAAACAAGAUUCUUCCCUGUAUUACUAGAACAAAUCAGUACAGGUAUGUGAGAGAACAAAAAUAUAUCUUAAAAAAAAAAACAAGGACUUGUAAAAACUGAAAAUUUAAAUGAAGAAAAAAUGAAAAACGAAAAA